ACUGGAUGACGAAGGCGAAGAUCAUCUUCGAUAUCUUCGUGGAGGAGAUGUCGCAGCAGAGGGUCAUGAGACAGUUUGGACUGCGUCAGCUGAUCGAGCCACCACCUCCCACAGUUCCUCUACCACCACGCGUCCACGCGUACAACAGAAAAGGAGCGAAUAAGACUGCUGCUGGAUGGUUGCAACUCCUCGCUCCAUACAUCACCGGUUGGGCCAAUGCGCCGACAGUUUCAUGGGCCACCAUGGAGGCAUUUGAUCUUCAGGAAUUUGAGCACUACUUGCGGGCAUACAUGCCUAGGACACGACUUCGGCUGAGCCAGGCGUGUGACCCAGUUCAGAGGGAUCCCUCGACAAUGUGGGACACCUACCCUCGUCACUCCACUUCAGGCACUCGGCAUCACGCAGCCGUGUUGACGGCGGAGCUGCAAGAUGACGCCGCCCAGUAUGCACGCUCGCUCUCCUCCGGCCCACUUCUUGGACGGUAUGAGCACCACGCCUCCUUUGCACAGCGUCUUCAGGACAAACUACGUCGUAUCUACGCGACUAUCACAUGCACGCGAUCUUCGGAUGUUGCCGAGUACCGAGCAGCACAGCGGCCACCUCGUCCCUCUUUGCAGGUGCAUCAGCCGCGGCACGCCCCGCGCCCACGUAUGGAGGUACCGCCGAGCCCGAGGCCACCAUCUCCUAACCAGGCAGGAGGUUCUGGGUGGCAAAACCAGCAGCAGCAGGAGCCUACUUACGAGUAUUGGCAGCGUGCCGGUUUCGGCAUGGAGCAGCAAUUUCCCAUGCCUAACUUCGGGUGGCGUCCCCGUAUGGAUGAGCCAGAGGGUGAGGGACAUAUGUCGACGGGGUCCGGAUCACGAUCCUUCUGGUCCAGUGCUCACGAUCAGGACGAAACACAGCAGAGCUAUCAAGACUGGAUUUCAAGUCAACAGCAAACUCCACCUCCAGAUCCCACGCAGUACAGUCAGCACGAGCAGGGGUACAUGCUUCCUCCCCGACAUCGCCAGCCACCUGUUCGUAUGUACUCGCCGUCACCUUUUCAGGCUCGACCGCCACCGAGGCGAGGUGGAGGGAGGGGCCGUGGUCAGUGAUAUGAGUACUAUUUGUAUGCACCAUGUAUGACUACUAUUUGUAUGCACCAUGUAUGACUACUAUUUGUACGCAUGAGACUUAUUACUACUACUAUUUCCUUCAUCUAGUGUAUGAGUACUAUUUGUAUGCA